AUUGACCCUUAUCUUUUAUUUUUAUGGUAAGAAAAUUGACACUUAUCUAAUACUCACUAGGUGUGUAUAUAUAAUGUAGCAUUUCUGGUCAUUGAAAGUAACUUACAAGCAAAAUGGACAAAAGAUGGAGUCUCAAAGGUAUGACUGCUCUUGUGACCGGUGGAGCCAGUGGAAUCGGUUAUGCCAUAGUAGAAGAGUUGGCUGGUUUUGGAGCUAGAAUCCAUGUAUGUGACAUCUCUGAAGCUAAGCUCAAUCAAAGUUUAAGCGAAUGGGAAAAGAAAGGUUUUCAAGUAAGUGGCUCAGUUUGUGAUGUAGCCUCUCGUCCCGAGAGAGAAGAACUGAUGCAAACCGUCUCCUCGCAGUUCGAUGGCAAACUCAACAUUCUUGUAAGCAAUGUGGGCGUAAUCCGCUCAAAGCCAACAACAGAAUAUACCGAAGACGAUUUCGCUUUUCAUAUAUCAUCAAACGUGGAAGCUGCUUACCAUUUUAGCCAGCUUUCACAUCCUCUCCUAAAGGCUUCAGGCUAUGGAAGCAUCAUCUUUGUUUCCUCUAUUGCAGGGGUUAUAUCUUUUGACGCUGGAUCCAUUUAUGGUCUAACAAAAGGAGCUUUGAUUCAGCUAGCUAAAAAUUUGGCAUGUGAAUGGGCAAAAGACGGCAUAAGAGCCAACGCUGUUGCGCCUAAUGUCAUCAAUACUCCUCUGUCUCAAUCUUAUCUUGAGGACGUCAGUUUCAAGAAGGCAUUGUUGAGUAGGACUCCACUUGGUCGUGUUGGAGAGCCAAAUGAAGUUGCAUCACUAGUGGCCUUCUUGUGUCUACCUGCAGCUUCUUAUAUUACUGGUCAGACUAUUUGUGUUGAUGGAGGUCUCACCGUUAAUGGCUUCUCCUAUCAGCCAGAGGUUUGAGUAUGGUCAUGUCUCGUUCUUUUUGUUUGUCUAGAAUUUUCAGUGUUCUCUCAAAUAAAAUAUUUCAAACUAUGAGUAUAUGAAUAAAAAAAUAAAUAUAUCAUAAUUACAUUAUGGAUAUACUUACAAUGUAUCUCUCAUACAUGAAAAUGUUCUAUUCCAUCUUGUGUUUACUACUAACUUACUAAGUGAAAAGAAGACUCUGUUUUUAUGCUCUGUUUUGUUGUAAACCGGUAGACUUAGAAAAGUUGGGACCUCAUAGUUGAACCCAAAAUAACAAAAGUGAAUUUCAAAACUAGCAUAUAUAUAAUAGAGACUCAAAAUAAAGCAAUCACAGAGAGAUAAACCCAAAAUUCAAUGGAUGGCAACGAGAAAACCUUUUGUGACCAACUACAUGAUACAUUGAUAUACCAUUUUAUGACAUACUAUUAAUUAAUAAAUGCUGUGGUGUGCCCAUACCGGAUUCAUAUAAAUGUUUAUACGACUGCAUAGCAUUUCCACUACAGUUUAAACUCUACCACCCAAAUACCAAUUUUUUUUUUUUUUUGACAUUGGUUUCAAGGAGGCAUUGUUGAGUAGAACUUCACUUCGUCGCGUUGGAGAGCCGAAUGAAGUUUCAUCACUAGUGGUCUUCUUGUGUCUCCCUGCAGCUUCAUAUAUUACUGGUCAAAUGGUCAAACCAUUUGUAUUGAUGGAGGUCUAACUGUUAAUGGCUUCACCUAUCAGCCACAGGCUUGAGAAUGGUCAUGUCGCGUUCUGUUUGUUUGUCAUGAAUUCUCAGUGUUCUCUUAAAUCAAAUCUCUCACACUAUGAGUAUAUGAACAAAAUCAUAUACAAUAUCACAAUUCCAUUAUGGAUAUUCUCCCAAUCUAUCUCUCAUACAUGAAAAUGUUCUAUUUCGAUCUUGUAUUUAAAUAAUGUUAAUACUCUGUUUUAAUUUGUGUAUCCUGAUUUUUUUUUCUUUUUGAAGUUCAACAAAUAUAUCAAAAUAAC